AUGCUGUGCAGAGUGAUCAGCCAGCUGUUUGACUCCAACUGGUCCUUCAGGUUCCUCUUACUGGUCCAGUUCUUCUUCGCCAGCUUCUCCUUGAUCUGUUUGGUGUGUUUGGGGUUGUUGUUGUCGUUGUGGCGAUGUUACACGCUACAUACGAGGCUGAUGUUGCUCUCGUUCUUGGCUGCCUUUUUGUUUGCUGAUAUUGGUAAGGGGGUGUAGUGCAAUGUAAUUUUAAAUUAUUGUAGAAAUUGUAAUCGUUACAUGUAUAAGUUAUUUAAAAAUUGAUUAAACGCCUUUAGGCGUGUUAUUAACGAGUGUAUAUCAACUACAAGUCCUUCUCUUCCGACCUCUAGAUUCUCGUUGCUACUGGUUUAGCUACACUUAUAAAGACUGUCAUGGUAUGUAUAUUACAGUAAAACGCUUACGGUAUUGUAGUACUUUCAGUUUGUUCAAAAAGUAAAUAUCCUUUCUGAGAUAAUGCAAAUGGUUUUGUUGAAAUAGGUUUUUAAACAAUUUCAGUCCUUUAAUAUCAAGGUUCUACAAACUUUUUGACCUAAUUGUACAAUAUAAUCUGGAUACGAUUAUAGAAUUAGUAUUGCUGUACCUUGACAUUAUUAACUUAUUUUAAAGACUAUAUUUGCAAUUCAGCCCUCCGAUUGCUAUUCAACAUCUCGGCCGUAGCCAUAUUCACAUCGUCCACCGUGUUCACGCUGAAGUCACUUCUGAUUUGGGGUUUAAAACUAAAGAAAAAUAGCAAAAAAUAUCUGACAUUGGCCUUGAUAUGUAUACAUUGGGUAGUAGCUACAGUAAUCGGCUUAGAUGUCAAUGGAUUCUUCGACAAGUCAGUCCAGCCAAAGGUGCACCAGCCUCACUGCUCGGCUCUGGUACCUACUCCAACUCAGUUCAGGUCGCUCUUCUUUCCUCUCAUGACAUUACACAUCUUCACCCUGUUCGUGUACACCUUCUUCGUUGUGUAUAUCAACCGCAAAAAGGUGGGUUGUGUUUUACAUUAUAUCUAAAUUACUUUACUAGUAAUUUCUAAAGUUGAUGUUAUUACAUAAUUUACUUUAGUAGGUAAAGUAAUCUUAUUGUAGGAUUUUAAAAAAGUUAAAGAUAGCCUAUACUUAAGAUAAACUCUGUUUUUGUAGAUUCUGAAGCGACUAGAGAAAGUAAACAAAGUACUAUACGAGAAUGUGACAUACUCAGAAGUUACAUUUCCGUUGGUAUGUGUUACUGUAACUUUGUAUGUCACGAGUAUCGUACUCGAUGACAGUUUCUUACGUAUCAUCUUGUCAUUGUUUGGUCAAGACUACAGUAAUUCUUCAAACUUUUCUCAGAUUUUAUGGUAUGAAACGCAGGUAUGUUAUCUUCUUAUAUUAUACUACACAUUCCUGUUUAUCAUGGUAUACAGUAAAUUUGAUAGCAGAAGAUUGUACUAAAUUACAAUCAAGGAUAGGAAGAUGGUUUUAUAUUGUGAGUAUCUCACAAUAAUAUAAAAAAAUGUAUUUUUACAUUAUUUUAGACGGCAGUAAUCCCCCUGGCAAGUCUUCUUGUGUUUGGAAUCUUAAUCAAGAAGAUAUGGCCACAGAACGAUGUAGAAUACCAUCAGGAGACUCUAGCUCGAACGAUUGAUGGAGGCUACGACCAGCCUUCAGAUGCCCUCAGUUUUCACAGCCUUGAAGGCACGUUGAAGUGUAACAAGGACGUGCGACAACAAUGUGCUGACAUAUGUGCCAAGAUACCACAACACACGUCACCGUCCAUCUCAACGUUCUUGUCUUCUGAUUCCUCCGUGGUUUCUCAGAAGACCGUGUCUUCGCCAAAUGUAUUACGGAAGGAACAUACGAUGAUAAGAGAGGGUAGUCAAGAGGCUUGA